GGUGCAUGGAAUGGGCCUUCUUAGCCAAGAGGUUAAGAGAAGCAAGGAGGUUGCCAAGGUAACAGGGUCAUUUGGACAUGAGGCUGGGGAAAUCUCUCAAAAGCUGGAGAAGAUAGUGAUACUAGCAGGAAAGUUUCCAACCCUGUCCACUAUAAACCCAUCCUGCCUUCACCUAGCAACCAACUUAACCUCUCUUGAUAACCUUGACCUUGUGAGAGAUGUGGUCCAAAGGUCACAGCCAGAGAACACAUCUGCAGAUGAAGUGCUUGUAACACUGACUGACAGCAUUCUAUCAGGGGGACUGUACUGUGUUGUGCUGGAAGCCCAGGCAAGGGGUGCGCUGACCCCUGACCUGUUGAUGACCUUGACCCACAUCCUGGACAUGUACGUGUCGUCAUGGAAACACGAGGAGGCAGCGAGGAAAGUUAAGGAGGCAGAGGAAGCCAGUCUGUACCGGUACAAGACGGAGACGCACGGCGAUGAGAGGAGUGAGGAAGAACAACUGGAGGCAGACUUCCUGCAAAAUUUCCCAUCGUUUAAUGAGGACUUCAUCGACUUGGUAGAGGCAACGUCCAUGGAAGAUUCACACGUACGUAAGGAAACUGACCAAUCAAAGACCAGCAGCACUGAGGCCUCUUCGCUCCAUCUUACAAGCUCUCAGAUGACUCUGAUCUCCGGGGUGCAUGAGAAGCUUUACAAGGGCUUGGUGAGCACAGAAUGGUACAGGCCUGUUGUCAUGACGACUGUCCAGUUGUCCGACUGGUUACGACCACUUCUGUCCACGUACACUGCAGCAACAAUAUUGACUACGCAAUUGGUGGAUAUCAUGAGUAACCAAGUGGAUGGUCAUCUGCAAGGUGGUCAUCUGGUAGUGGCCGCUGUCCAGCAAUGCUAUGUCCUGCAGGCUUCACAACAGUUGUCGAGCCCUCUGGUACCCAGCCUCGGUGUGUACGACAUGUACCACGACCCCAAUGUGCCUGAGGUCAUCCAGCUAGUGGACGUGCUGCGGACUGUGAGGGCUAGAGUCAUGGAACUGCAGGGGGAGUGGCCAGAUCAUCCCACGCUGAAAAAGCUGCAUGAAAUCAUGAACCGUAUAGAAGAGCAACCAAUCACUGACCCUGUGAUGAAGUUCCUGACUGGAAUAGAACUGCUGCUGAAGACAGCACAGGAUUGGGAAAGCAAUGCUUCACAACAUGUCUCCAUGGCAACCCAGUUAGCUGAAAUCUCACGUCUUAUUAUGCAGUGGAGAAAAUUGGAACUGAGCUGUUGGAUGAACGCUAUGGACACUGAGGUGUACAAGUUCCGGACGGAGGCCAGCAAGUGGUGGUUCCAUCUAUACCAGCUCUCACAGGACACACUCACACAACAGGGAGAGAAUUGUCCAUCACUUGACGAGUUUACAAAAGCCCUAAAGCAGUUCAUAGAAAAAUCCUCCCUGGGAGACUUCCACACAAGGCUAGAAAUGCUUCUCAGCUUUCACUGUAACAUGGUUGCCAUGGCAACAAGAGAGGCAAAAGGUCAAGUGGAAUCCAUGGAAACGGAUGCAAUUAAGAAAGCUGAAAUAGGAAACGAGGGUGGAAAUAUUGAUCUCAAUCUGGCAGCUGACAAUAAAACUGAAAGUAUGGUAGAUAAAGGUGAUGAGGUGGCCAUGGCAACCAGAAAGAGGCUGGCGACAAUGCAGCGUGUUCUGUGGAAUUUGUACAAGUUUUAUGGACGAUUCUCAUCCACUGUACAAGCAGAGCUAGACCGGUUAAGGCAACCAAUUGAGAAAGAACUGAAGGGGUUUGUGAAGAUAGCCCGGUGGUCAGAUAUCAAUUUCUGGGCCCUGAAGCAGACUGCAGAGAAAACCCAUAGAACUCUGCACAAGCACAUCAAACAGUUCCAGGGUGUACUCAAGCUUCCUGUGCAAGGCAUUCUGGGAGAUGUGGACAGUGGCGCCACCACGCUGUCAGCAGUGUCAGGGGCAGAGCACUCUAGCUGGACAGAGGGCUUGUUGUCUUACCAGUCGGUCCUGCUGCAGGAACUUAGGGCCUUUAAGGCGCCAGAUGUCACAGUGAUGAACCCAACAUUGGCAACAGCAGCAGAGCAGUUACCACUACAGUUUAAACUAGGUCAGCUGUGCAGCAGACUCAACAAGCACUGGAUCACCGUGGUAAUGAGGUCACGGUACUGUGAGAGGAUAGCAGUGGUUGACCAGUUUACUGGAGAGCUCAUUGAGGAAAUUCAUGUCCUUCAAGCUUUGGAGAUCAACAGGAGUGUUGAGAAGGACAAACAGAAGUCGGAGGCGAAGCACAUCAACCUGAGGAAACGCAAGGCACUCAGUGACCUUUUUAAAUACCUCGCAAAGCUAGGUUUGUCGUAUCGUAAAGGGCUGACAUCUUGUGACAAGAAUGAAGAUGGCGCGUUACAAGCGACCCCAGUGGAUCUUGAUGUGUCACUCAGUGGAGAUGCUGCAGUCCACCAGGCGUGGGACAGCUGUGAAGACUAUUUCUACCGCUGCGUCUCUCGACGCGCUCAGUUGUGGUCGGCACUCAUGACUCCGUCCCGGGAGCUCGGUACAGGCAACAUUGAACGUUGCAAGGGUUUUGCUGAACAUCUGUACGCCCUGUUGAUAGAGCAGCAGACGAGUGUAGCAUGCUUGACGCAGCAGUAUACUGGCAUUAGAACAACUCUGGCGGACAUUUCACGACUGUCGGAGAAUGGUGGCAAAAAGAUACAUCAGUCUGAAACCUGCAGCUGGAUGGAAAGCUGUCGAACCUUACUAAGCCAGUUCCAACAGGGCCUUAGUCAGUUCCAGGCACUACUGCACUGUUGUCCCCGGCGACCAUUGUCAACCACGCCCCACCCGUCUCCACUGCCUGUCCAUGCCCUCCACCAAAUGGCGCUGGUGCGACAGGGUACUGAGGGUCUGGCAGACGUUCUGGAUAAUGUGCAGACCUUGAUUCAUGAGGUUCACCAGGCAAAGCAUUAUGUGCCAAACAAUUCAAGGACGACAGUGUUUGUAAAUUCUGACGUUAACAACAUUCAUGCAGUAUUCACCAAGCUGGCAUCCAUGAAAUCCCGUCUGCUUGAAAUCAUCAAGCUCUUCACGGAUCCUGGAUCUGAGUCACCAAACGCUUUCACAGAAGUUUUGCACCUCCUGGUUGAAGAAGCAAGCGUCAAGUUGAGCGAGUUCAAUACCUGGCAGGAAAGAAUGGGAUCAAGAAAUGAUGAUGGUGAACCAUCGAAAGAAACAUUGGGCUGGUUUUCAUCGAGGCUUGAAGAAAUAAUUGCUUCUGUUUUAUUGGUCGUUCAAAAACAGAGCAAAUCUACUGUUUCUAUGGAAACUGGAUCUGAUGAUGUGGCAAAAGAAGAAAAUGAAGAAGACACUGACAUAGAGGAGGGACAUCUAGUGAAGCUGGUACAUGAACAGCUUAAGCAGGCCACAAAUUGUCUACAAGCGGAACAGAUUCACCAUUCACUCCUGAACCUUCUGAAGAGAAUCCUAUCAGAGCCCAGUUCUGCCUUAACAUCGGCCAUGUUGGACUCGCUACGACGCGCCAUGCCUCUCUUGACUCAGUAUCAGGGCAUCAUGCACCACCAUCUUGUUGGUAACGUAGCAACCCAGAGGACCAUGGGAAAGCUGUUGUCAGUCCUGCUGGGAGUGUUUACAGACCUUGCAACAAAGGGUUUCUGUAUCCCCCCUGAGCUGUCAGAUGAGAUGGCGGGCGAGGGAGCCACGGAGUUCUGUGACAUGGAAGAGGCUGGUCUUGGGGAGGGAGAGGGAGUGAAGAACGUCAGUGACCAGAUAGAGAAUGAGGAUCAGCUUGAUGAAGCCAAGAGACCUGAAGACCACAAAAAGGAGGACCCGUCCAACCAACCAGACGUCAAGUCUGAAGAGAACGCUAUCGAGAUGACAGAUGAUAUUGAUGCCAAGGUGCAAGAUCUGGAAGACGUGGACAAACAGGACGAUGAUGACGAGGAUAAUGAAGGUGAUGAGGAGGAGAUAGACAAGCAGCUGGGGGACCUGGGUGAUCAGGAUGCAGAGAAGCUUGAUGAACAGAUGUGGGGCAGUGACCAGGAGGAGGAGGAAGAGCACUCUGAGGAAAAGAAGGAGGAGACUGGUCCUGGUGAUGGAAAACAGAGCGAGUCAGAACUUGUUGCCAAGGACGACAAUGUUAACAAGUCUGCAGCAGACAACACUGAUGACAGACAGCAGACGGAUGAGCAGGAGGAGGAGGAGGAAGAGAAGGAACGAAAGCCACACAACCUUGAUAUGGAUCAGGUGGACUACGACGAUGACCAAGUUGAUCCGUAUCACGGGAAGCAGGAGGAGCAGCAAGCACCUGAUGAUCUGGAUCUGCCUGAUGACCUUAACCUUGAUGACGCUGAGGACCAGGAAGGGAAGGACGAGGAGUCUGCUGUGGAUGAUGGCACUGGUAAAGAUGAGGAAGAGACACAGCCCCCACCAGGUGAGGGACCGGAAGACAAUGUAGAGCAAGAGAAGAGGGAGGAGACGCCUGCUGAUCUGGAACAGAAACAGGAUGAAGACAGACCAGAGGGUGAGGAGGCUGACAACCCAACAGAUGAACAGACAGACACAGACCCCAACAAAAACGAAGAGGAGGGAAAAGAGGAGCCAGGAUUUACACCUCAGGAUAAGCCAAUCAUAACAGAUGAAAACCAAGAUGCAGACGAGCAGGAGGAACCAGACAAUACUGACAAGGCUGUUGAGCAUUAUGGGAAGACGUCACAUGACUCCAGUGACAAUGUGGAACAGAGUGAGACAGCUCAGGAUGCUGCGGGUGAAAAAUCAGAUAUGGACAAUCAGGAGACAACUGGUCAAGGUCAGGCCAGUACUGACACCUCUGAAGGUCACCAAGGUAACAUGUCACAAAGGUCACAAGACACUGGGUCAGAAGGCAAGAGGAAAAAGACUGAACGGCAACCUGGAAAAGCUGACAGCAACAGGUCGCUGGGAACUGAUGAGCAGAAGUACAAGAGGCUAAAAACCACUGAUUCUACACAAACAGAAGAUAAAAAACAUGAUCAAGAACAGGACACAAACGCUGACCAGCGAGCAGACAUGUUUGAGCAUGUGAAGGACUCGGAUUCCCACCACGAUGCCCAGACCCUUGACACAGCCACUGCAGAACAGCAGCGGGAACAGGGGCAGAUAACUCAGGAACAGGAGGAGGCCGAGUCAGACAUAGAUGAAGAUUUAGAGAUGCAGAAAGAGGAAUCAGAAGACAUUGAUGAAAAACUUGACACCAUUUCGUCCACAAAAUUGAAAAGCAAACAGAAACAUGAUGAAGGCAAUACUGAUGCUUCUGAAGACGAGGGUGAUAUGGAAAUUCAGAAUGAUCAUCGCCAUGAGAUACCGGGUGAGGUCGUUUCCACGUCAACUGUUGCUAGGGGCAUGGAGUCCACCAUUCACACUGCUAUGGAGUUCCUUAGCUUUGAUACGGAUACGUAUGAUCUGGAGAGUCUGAGAUUACAGCUGGAGACAGAGCUUGGGUCCUGGAGUCAGUCCAACCUGCCUGUCAACACAGACUUGGAGACGGCAGCCAGUGAGUUGUGGCACCGGUACGAGGCGCUGACGGCCUCCCUGGCCCAGGACCUGUGUGAGCAGCUACGGCUGGUGCUGGAACCCUCACAGGCCACCAAACUCAAAGGUGACUACCGCACGGGCAAGAGGUUGAACAUGCGCAAGGUGAUACCGUACAUCGCCAGUCAGUUCCGUAAAGACAAGAUCUGGCUGCGGAGGACCAAGCCCAGCAAACGUCAGUACCAGAUCAUGUUGGCUGUGGAUGACUCUUCCAGCAUGGUCGACAACCACUCUAAACAGAUGGCCUUUGAGUCUCUAUCUCUGGUCUCCAAUGCCUUGACCUUACUAGAAGCAGGACAGCUCUCCAUUUGCAGUUUUGGGGAGGAGGUGCGUGUUCUCCACCCUUUCUCAGAGCAGUUUACCAGCCAAUCAGGGGCUCAUCUUCUGCAGUACCUUACCUUUGAGCAGAAGAAGACAAAAAUAGCACAGUUUUUAAAACACGCCACGAGGGAAAUGCUGGAUGCCAGACAGAAGCAGCAAGGAUCUAUGGGUAAUCCUGACACGUCCCAGCUGCUGCUGAUAGUUUCCGACGGGCGGGGACUCUUCAUGGAAGGCAUGGAGGUUGUAAAGACGGCUGUCAGAAAUGCGAGAGAGGCCAACAUAUUCAUUGUGUUUGUCAUCAUAGAUAACCCUGUAAACAAGGAUUCCAUUCUGGACAUCAAGGUUCCUGUCUUCAAGGAGGCAGGCCAGAUUCCAGAGAUCAAGUCCUACAUGGAUUCCUUCCCCUUCCCGUUCUACAUCAUACUGCGGGACAUCAACAGUCUUCCAUUGGUGCUCAGCGAUGCACUGAGACAGUGGUUCGAACUCGUGACUGCUGUCGAUAGAUAAACAUGUGAACUAAUGUGUCUGUAUAGGCAGUUUGUUUCCUUUAAAGUUGAUAAAAAGUUUUUGAUCAGCUUAAUAAUUAUGUUCAUUAAUAGAACAAAGGCAUUAGUCUUCAUUCUUCAAUGACUUCUGUCAAGAGAUUAAUGUUAGGCUGUUGUUAUUGUUUAAGGGUUUAUAGAUAAUAGGCUUUAAAUGUUAGAACCUAUAUUGUUUUGGGGGUUUUAGUCCUAGACCUUCCAUUGUGAGAACCUUAAUUGAUACACUACUUUUAUGCUUGUGCUUUUUCCAGUUAGUUAACCAUUGUGGCAGGGGUUUUUAUGGUGUAGUUAACCAUUGUGGCAGUGGUUUUAAUCGUGAUACUGUUGAUUAAAAGCAAUCAUUGUUUAUGUAUGGUUGUUCAGUCUUCCCUUUAACUGUAUGAAUCCACUGGGCUGAAUCUAAAUUACAUGUAUGCAUAAGCAUCAAUAGCAAAAGGUCUAACUUUUACUUGCUUGCCUAUGUAGAUUUUGGAAAAUUGACUGUAAGACUAUUGAGAAAUGUGUAGAUAAAUCUUAUCAGCAAAUAACCAAUGUUUUUGAUUUCUGAUGUGAGGGAAUUAAACUAUGAACGCUAAGCCUGAUUGGUUUCAUACUUCAUAACAAAAACUUCAAAUAGCUUGAUAUAAAUGAUUGUUCAUGUAUGGUUAUAUAUUUUGAUUGAUUAUUGUUUUGAUGCUAUGAUGAGAAAUGUUUUAGAUUGUUAUAUUGACUUAUUUGUUUUGGAUAUAUUGUUUUAGUCUAGGAUCUGUUUAUUAAUCAAUCAUUUUUAUGGUUAACAUACAAUGCCGUAACAAUAACAACGUGUUUCGUUGUAACAGUUUAGUUAUACUUAGUACUAUAUUCAUUUACCCAGUAAUUGAAAUAUGCUUUUGCUUUGACUUCUUCAAUAAACAUGAUUACCUAUAAAUAACUUAUGCUAGAAAAUUAGUUGUUCCACAACUACCACAUAAUUGAACAUUUUGGAGCUUCCUUUUUGCAAAAAAAUGAUUUAUAAACCUAAUAAAUUGUGAAAAUAUGA